CAAAGGCUAAUUAGCAAACAAGACAGAUUAUCAUUUCCUCAUUUUGAGCCCAUUGAAGGCCAGAACCUCUUUCAAGCACACAACUGUAGAAGGUUCCCAGAUGAUUGGUGUGCCUCCAACUCACUCCAAAGGCUCUUGGAUGGGAUCUGGCCACAAAGGAACCAUGGACCUUUGGCUUUGGUUACUUUACUUCCUGCCAGUGUCUGGGUCCCUGAAGGUCCUCCCAGAAGCACAGCUGGAUGCAGAGUGGGGCGGAUCCAUUACCAUCAAGUGCCCACUCCCUCAGACACCUGUGAGGAUGUACCUGUGCCGGCAGAUGACUGACCCUGGAACAUGCACCACUGUGGUGUCCAACCACUUCGUUAAGAAGGACUAUAAAGGACGUGUCACCCUAAAGCCAUGCUUGGACAAGAAGCUCUUCCUAGUGGGCAUGACACAGCUGACUGAAAGUGACAAUGGAAUCUAUGCAUGUGGUGUGGGCAUAAACACAGACCGGGGCAAGACCCAGAAAAUCAUCCUGAAUGUCCAUAAUGAAUACAAACCAUUCUGGGAAGAUGAACCAAUAUCUGAGCCUCCAAGAUGGUUUCCCAAAUUUCUGCAGCCAAUUCCCAACAGGCACCAGGUGGUUGAACAUGCCAGUUCUUCUGAAUUCAUAUCCAAAGUUACCACACGAGCUCCAAGGACCGAGGCCCUUCCAGCUCACCAGCCCUCCAGCAUGGCUCCAGUGACCCGACGGCCCAAACUUUCCAGAACAUCUUUAGUGCUAUCAACUACAGCUUCAAAGACCUCAGCUCAACAAGCACUUGGCCCCCUAGUGGCCAGCUACCGCCACCAAACCAGACUUCCUGGGCAAAGAACACCCCACCACGGCCCACAGUAUGGGAGAGAAGACCGGGGGCUUCACAUCCCCAUCCCAGAAUUUCACAUCCUGAUUCCGACCUGCCUGGGCUUUCUUUUGCUGGUUCUUUUGGGACUGAUGGUAAAAAGAGCCAUGCAGAGGAAGAAAGCCUUCUCCAGGCGCGAGGGCCGAGUGGCGAUGAGGAUGCGCGGCCGGGAGGCGUCCCGCCCGGUCCCCUCACAGCGUCUGGGCGUCCCGCAGAGGCCGCGCUCGCGGAGCAACGUCUAUAGCGCCUGCCCGCGGCGCGCACCGGGACCCAACAGCAUGGGUCCUGCGGAGGCCCCACUCCUCAGCACCCCAGCCUCAGCGUGCCCCGCCCUCCCACAGGUACUGGAAGCUCCUUGGCCCCACACCCCAUCUCUAAAGGCAAGCUGUGAAUACGUGACCUUGUGCCACCAGCCUGCCGUCAAUGUGAAAGAUGCUGAUUCAGAUGAUUACAUCAAUAUUCCUGGCCUGCCUCACCUUCCCAAGGUCACCCUGGAUCCCAGACCUUCAUGCCAAUGAAUCCUGCCUGUCUGCUGAUUUCCAGUACCUUUCAUGUCCCAUACCCCAGCUUGAAUCUCACCUGACUACCUGAAUGCCUUAAGAAUGAUAAAUUACAAGCUUAUUUACCACCCCAUUGAAGGCCCCAGCAUUCAUUGGAAGAUAUCUGGACAUGCAGAGCAUUCAUUUGUCACGACGUCACCUGUCCUUUCUGUACCAUCCAAAACCUAUGGGACCUGCAAGAUGCUACAUCACUAUUUAUGGUCACAUGGUCUUUGUAGCUUUAUCCCUAGCUCAUGUGGCAUCAGGCUAGAAUAUAAACUCCAGCACCUGAUCCAAAGGGCAGAAUGAGCUUCUAUUUUUUUUCCUGAGUCUCAUGGCAAGGCUAACUUGUUAGAUAUGAUGGUUUAUGUUGUUAGUACUAGUGAUAUACACAUGCACGAAUCCUCUUUAACUCCCUGUCACUUGGUAGAGAUAACCUGACUCCAGCAUCCUCCUACCUUUUAGAAAGUCUUUGUAAUCUCCCUAGCUCCUUCUAAAUCUUAGUACCUUAAUGUCGAUCUAUUUUAGCUAUCCCAAAAUGUUAGCUUUCUCUGUUUUCAGAAAUAUACCCAUUCCCUUGUCAAUUCCAGACAAAACAUAGCAAGUCAUGGAAGGAAAGCACUGUGGGGAGCCCACAAGGUUGGGGUACCUGCUUUAGCACUCUUGGAGAAAAGACACCACACCUGUACAUGCACUUCUUAUCUGAAGUUCAGAGAAAGGUGCAGGCAGACACUUUUUGGGUUGAUAUCAGCUGUAACAUUCAGCCACAGCUUGUGGCACAAGAAUGGCAGCUCUUGCCUUGAAGAAGAAAGCCUUUUCUAGAAACACAGCAUAAGCCCCUGGAUGUUUUCCUAGACAUAGAAUGGUGUGUCUACCUGAGUGGAGUGGCCUUUCUUAGCCAGGAAUGUUCUCACAGAUUGAACAGUGCAUCCGGGUACAAUGUCACUGUCAACUUGACUCACUACAGUAAACAGACAAGGAAAGAGUGGUAGCGGAAGAAAAGAGCGGCACCUGGAGAAACAGGGCAGCAAGAUGGGUGGGAUCAAGAGAUAAGAUGGAGUGUGCAUCAGGGUCAGCCGCUUUGGACCCAGAGAAGAGCAUGUCUGAUUGCAUGCGGGUUGAUGCCCCAGGUCCCGCCUCUGAGAAAAAGGUAUCAGACGGGUCUGAUGCUCUUUGGGUGGAUGACACCUAAAUGAACAUCGGUACAAAGUCCCAAUUUAUAUCUAAUAUCGGAGAUCAGACCUCUACUCUUGCCUGAUGCGUCUAAAACAAAAAGGGGAAACUGUAGAGAGCUGCGGAAUGCUAUGCCUUAAAGAUGGAGCUGGCUUCCGCCUUCCACCUUCCCGAUGGUGAGUGCUCUCUGUCACGAACAAUUCCACAUUUGGCUAAAGCUGAGGAUCUGGCUUGCUUCCAUGUAUGUGGACCUACCUGCAUUGCCCACGUGGCACGCCUGGGUUGGCUACCCAGAAGCUAUUUAAGCUGUGGGCUGGCUUUCCCUAGGGUCCGAGGA